UUUGUUCCUAUCACUUUGUUGACCAAAAACCUACCAAGGAUAAUCCUUUCCCAGAGUUGUGGUUGGGAUACAAUCACCCUCCCCAGCCAAAUAGGCGUCAACUCACCCAGCGGACCACUGCCUCCUCCCAGAUAAAGAAACGCAGACUUGAAUCUGAGGAUGCUCCAGAAACCUGUCAGCCUGUCUGUGAGGCCGAGCCUGCUACACCAAAAUUUCGAGAUGCCCAGAUCAAAUGGGAAGAUCCGUCACAUAUUGAUCACAUUUACUGUUCAACACAGUCUGUUAAAGUAGACAAGGCCACACAGUGCGAGGCAGAAAUGGGUCCUACUGUGACCAGCACCACGGUCAUUGAUGAUGCUAGGUCCCGGCUGUAUACAGGAGUGCUUAUGGUUCAAUUCUUCACCCUGGUAACGGUGUUGUUGCCUUUCAGUAAGCCAUCAAUUACCCUUCCUGUUGUUGACCAAAUACUUAUGACGUUGAUGAAACUAAAACUAAACCUAAUAUUAGGAGAUAUUGCUCACCGCUUCAACGUUUCUACAUCCAUGGCAAGCAUUGUGAUUAGUCACUGGAUUGACGUGAUGGGUGAACAGUUCAAAGUCCUGAUCCCCUGGCUUCCAAGAGAGACCAUUCGUGCCACCAUGCCCUUGUCGUUUCAGAGGAACUACCCUCGAACCACCUGCAUCAUUGACUGUGCCGAAAGUGCCAUGCAGAGAGCCACAAACCACGACUCAAGGAGUGACACUUUCAGCCAGUAUAAAUCACGCAACACUGUGAAAUAUCUCGUCGCUGUGGCCCCUAAUGGGCUAAUCAUGUUUAUAUCUGAUGCCUAUGCUGGCAGAAGCAGCGAUAAGUUUAUCACCAUGGACAGUGGGUUCCUAGACUAUCUGAGGGCUGGUGAUGAGGUCAUGGCGGACCGUGGGUUCACCAUUCGAGACUUGCUUGAUGAGAGAAGGGUCAGUUUGAACAUCCCUGCUUUCACCUACAGGCGCAAUCAGUUGACCAAUGAGGAGACGACACGCACCAGGCGAGUAGCCAAUGUCCGCAUACAUGUGGAAAGAGCAAUCCAGAGACUGAAGGUGUUUAAGAUUUUAUCCCAGAAUGUUCCCAUCAGCAUGGCACCGAAACUGGACAACAUCUUAACCAUCUGUGCUGGCCUAGUUAACCUGAAGAGUCCACUGAUCAGUGAGGUUUAGAAUCUUGCCCUGUGUCCCUGUCUACCAACACCCAGCCAUGUUGUUCAUUAAAUACAGAUAAACACAACAAAUA